AAGCCGCCGGCCCAUAAACGAAGACCAAAAUUAACUUAUGUAGAAUCCUUGCCAGGGUUAUUACAAUUAGGUCUUUCCCCUUUUCCGUGCAGAGCCUGAAAUCCACCGCGUUGCGGAGAGAAACGUCGCAAUGGGGAGGAGACCUGCAAGGUGUUAUCGGCAGAUAAAGAACAAGCCAUAUCCCAAAUCACGUUUCUGCCGUGGUGUUCCUGAUCCUAAGAUCAGAAUUUAUGAUGUUGGUAUGAAGAAGAAAGGUGUUGAUGAGUUUCCUUUCUGUGUUCAUCUGGUUAGCUGGGAAAAGGAAAAUGUUUCGAGUGAAGCAUUGGAAGCUGCUAGAAUUGCAUGCAACAAGUAUAUGGCGAAAUUUGCUGGAAAGGAUGCUUUCCACUUGAGAGUCAGAGUACAUCCAUUCCAUGUUCUUAGGAUCAACAAAAUGCUUUCGUGUGCUGGAGCUGAUAGGCUUCAGACCGGAAUGAGAGGUGCAUUUGGAAAGCCACAGGGUACAUGUGCUAGAGUGGCCAUUGGUCAGGUCCUUCUUUCUGUCCGCUGUAAGGACAGCAACAGUCAUCAUGCACAGGAGGCCCUUCGACGUGCUAAGUUUAAGUUCCCUGGUCGUCAAAAGAUCAUAGUUAGCAGGAAAUGGGGUUUCACCAAGUUUAGCCGUGCUGAUUAUCUCAAGUUCAAGUCAGAGGGCAGGGUUGUGCCUGAUGGUGUUAAUGCAAAGCUUCUUGGGUGUCAUGGACCACUGGCAAACCGUCAUCCUGGACAAGCUUUUUUGACUACUGCUUAGGUCGUUUGUUGUCACUUGGGAAUAGUGGGCUUUUACCACAGUAGUUGUGCUCUAGUCAAUUUAAGUUUCCCAUUUGUUCUGCUUGUAGUAUGAAGACUAUGUUGAGUUUAUCUCCUGUUUUACGAACCAUGUUUGAGUGGAAUGAAUGCCAUAUUUUGUUCGGAUUUCCUUGCCGUUGAUUUUUUUUGGCGUUCGAUAUUUGCUUAAUGAAAAAGUUAAGAUUGAUCA